GUUUCAGAUUGUCAACCAUACAGGGGAGAUGCUGCCGAAAUUUUUCGGUAAGGACUCCUUUGGGGGCGUGACAAUUUAGUGGUAUCAAAGCUUAGGUUUUACGAAACCUAUUUGUAUGUCUCCGAUGUUGCGAUUUGUUCUUAGUGUGUUGGAUUUUCGAGUUAAUCUGAUACCAAUUUAGUGGUAUCAGAGCCCAGGUUGCGAAGCCUAUUUAUGUGUUUCGGAUUGUGCGAUUUGUUUUUCGUGUUCGGUAUUUUCGAGUUAAUCUGAUACCAAUUUAGUGGUAUUAGAGCAUGGUUCGAGUCAAAUGUUGUGUUUUGUGUUUUGAAAUUUCGAUCUUCUUUCAAUUUAUGAUUUUCGGUAUUCCGACUGUUUUGUUUUCCCUGUGUAAGUGAUGCCUCGAUGUGACCCUCGAGUUGUGGGACCAGGCAGCGGCAGAUAUCUCCGAGCUAUAGGAUGUAAGUGGUCUACUGCUAAAUCAUUUUCCUUGCCUACUUAUUAUUAACAGGAAUGGCACGAAAAGGGUCGACUGCUAUGCAUCACUGUGGACAAGGUCGACCACGAAAACAACCCACGGUAUCGAUGGGCCCCGAACCUGCUGGCCAAGAGACGGAGUUUACAUGAAACCCGAAUGAGGUUGAUUCAGGUAGCAGUGAUCGGAAUCCUCCAACCUCUACUAGGGAGCAUGAGUUACGGACGCCGGGAGUACCACCUUCUAUGCCUGCUCCAGACACUACUGGUUGGGUGAUGGAUAGAGCCCGAAUACCCUUGUUGGCGAAGUCUAUGAAAGAUCGAACUACUCUGUUCCAUGGGGGUGCUGACCCUUGGGCGGCUCGUAGCUGGUUGAAGAACUUGGAGGGCACAUUUUGGUACAUGAAGUGUACAGAUGAAGAGAAGGUGGAGUUGGCUGCAUAUCAUCUUCGGGAUCAAGCCGUCACUUGGUGGGACAUGCAGAAGUCGAUCUUUGGGGAACAACGUAUCACGUGGCAGAUGUACCGGGAGGCAUUUGAGAGACAGUAUUUUCCGGUUACAUUUUGUCUAGCCCGUCGUCAGGAGUUUCUGAACCUCAAGCAAGGUGACCGUUCUGUGAUGGAGUAUAAUGCAGAAUUCAGUAGACUGGCUGAGUUUUGUCCUCAUCUGGUGGCUCAGGAUUAUGAUCGGAUGCAUCAGUUUACUCAAGGACUUGCGGCUUACAUACGACUCAAGAUGUCCGGAUUUCCCGGUAGUUCUUAUCGAGAGGUUUUAGAUCGGGUGUUAUUCAUUGAGAUGACUCAGCAACAGGUGAAUCUGGAAAAAAGUAAUAAUAAACAAGUGACGCAGAAGAAGGAGAAAAGAGGACAGAGCUCACAGAUUACUUCAGGAGGGUCCUCUCCACCUCGGAAGACAAGGCGAACCUCGGAUGGGGGUUCUCGUUCUUCUCAACGAGAUCGGAAGAACGACUUUGGAGGGAUCAUGUGUUUUCAAUGCGGCUCCAAGAGUCAUACCAGGAAUGAUUGCCCGUUGGAUCACGCUAUAUGCUUCUAUUAUAAGCUUCUAGGGCAUGAGAGUCGAAAUUGCACUCUGAAGGCUCAAUUAGAGAUGACUAAAGAGGCCACUCAGGGAGGGCGACCCACCCAGCCACGACAGCAGAAAGGACCUCAGAGGACUCAGAACGCUUCAUAUCAGUCGCAACUGCCGGGGCCCCAGGGAAAAGUGUACCAUAUCCAGAGUCAGGAGUAUCCGGUGAUGCCAGCGACCACGCAGUACUCUACUGCGGCGUCCCCUUACCAGACAUAUCCGGUACAGCAAGACCCUGCACUUCCAUCUCAGCCUUAUUCGACGUUUCAGCCGCAGACUCAGCCUCAGUACCCGCAGCAGCAGCAGGAUGACGCUCCUCCGAAUCCACGUCAGCCUACUUUAAGGAUGCCACCAUCGAGUGCAGAGGUGGGACGGGGUUAUGCCGUCACACGGGAGGAGGCACAGCGGGCCGAGGGAUUGGACUUCCAAGGUAUUAGCCACUUUAUACCUUUAGUAUAGAUCUAUUGAUAGAUACUGGUAGUUCUCAUUCGUUCAUCUCUCGGGUAUAAAAUAUGUCAUUUGUUGUUCAACGUACUUAGGUCGUAAAUUUGGGGACCAAAUUUUUAUUAGUGGGGGAGAAUGUAAAAUACAGCAAAAAAUGAUAAUUAAAAAAAUAAGGUUUAAUAGACAAAUAACCUUAUUAGGAUUUUUAGGAAUUUUCAGAAAUUUUCUGGGAUUUAAUCUGAGCCUGUAGGACGUAUUUUGAUGGGAUAAAAAUUUUGGCUUUGGAAAAGGUCUGUUUGGAAUACCUAUUUAAUAGAGAGUUGAUUUGAUUAAUAGGUCUAGGUUUUCUAUUAAAGCCUAAGUUUCAUACUCUUCCCUAAUCCCUUGCGCCGAAAUUCCUCUCCCUUCCCCGUGCCCUAAGCCCGACGCCACUCCUCUCCUCUACCGAGCCAUUGCCACUGGUCUCCUUUCUUCCUUGCGCGGGAGCAGCCCAGCAGCCGGUGAUUUCUCUCCUCCCUCCCUCUCACACUCGCACGCGCCGGUGGUGCUGUGCACCGUGCCAUCGCCGCCUCCCCGUCGGCCGACAACAGCCCCCACCGCCGGCCUCUUUUCUCUCCCGAGCCACAGCCGAGCCUCUUCCUCUCCUCGCGCGCAAACACCACAGCAGCCAGCAACCCUCCUCACGCGGGCACCAGCCGCCGAGCCAAGGCAACCGACCCCUCUUCCUCACGUGGAGGACGUUGAUUCGAGUCGAGCACUUUGACGUGGGCUAGUUUAGCACGAUCAACAGAAAAAGGCGGGUACUUCUUACUUUGAUUCUGUAGUUCUUUGAACUUAGUGCAUGAACUAUUUUUGGAUAAGGACUGUUUACC